AUGUUCUACGCGAGCUCGUUCUUUCAGAAUGCGGACUGGAAAACCUUACUCAUUGCUAGCAUCACGCUCGUGUACAUUGUGAACGUAACGAUUGCUGCCUUGAUGCUUAUGGACUCUGCUGGUCGUCGCCCGCUCCUGAUCUGGUCAAUGGUUGGCAUGCUGUGUCGACAGUAA